AUGGAGGUGAAGCAAAGCGGGGCAACAAACCCACACAGCCUGCCCAAAAUGGCCACCCAGCCUAUGCCUGAAAUGCGGAGCACCAGCCUCAACACACACAGGUUCUCACUGGAAACCUUUGACUGGCUCUGCGCAGGCCUCAGGGAGGCUCUACACAGCCGGGGAGUAACUCACCGCCAAGCUGAAUUAACGGUGGCUUCAUGGAUACGUCCUGCAGCGAGGCGCAGCUACUAUAUGCAGAUACCCCGAGCCUCCAAGAUGGCCGUCCGGCAUAACAGAUACUGCCGGGCCUCGAGGAGGGAUGUGGCACCAAACCUCCCGUGCACACAAACCCAACAGCACACAAGAAACACUGGGGCUACGAACCAAGCGAGGCCCACACAUACCAAACCUGACCGAAACCCUGGCGAUAAGCGCAACACAACACGCACCUCCCUAUACAAGGCAACACCGCAAGCGACCACGCGACUGCACCACAUGGGGGACACUACCGGAGCAGAACCCCGAGGCAAAGACACCGGGCCCUGUGGCAGCAAACCCUACCAGGACUUAGUAUGCGGCAACGAGGAAAACAGUAGCAGCGAGCAAUCUGCCUCAGCUCAGAUGGAGACCUGGACCCAAUGGAGGGGGCAUCAGCAAAAAGCUGGACUUUGGUCUUACAGUGGGACUAUCGUG